GGGGCGACGUGAGGGGCGGGGUUUGUGGAGGAAGAUGGCGGCGGUCCGCGGGUUAUCUCUAACGACCGCGGCGCUGAGGGCGGUCGGUCCUUGGGCAAGGGGCAGGCUCCUCGCGGCCUCUCGCGGACCUCAGGCUCGUCGGGAAGCGUCGUCCUCCAGCCCCGAGGCCGGCGAAGGGCAGAUCCACCUCACCGCCAGCUGUGUCCAGAGACUUCUGGAAAUCACCGAAGGGUCAGAAUUCCUAAGGCUGGAGGUGGAGGGAGGUGGAUGCUCCGGAUUCCAAUACAAAUUUUCACUGGAUACAGUUAUCAACCCCGACGACAGGGUAUUUGAACAGGGUGGGGCAAGAGUGGUGGUUGACUCUGAUAGCUUGGCCUUCGUGAAAGGGGCCCAGGUGGACUUCAGCCAAGAACUGAUCCGAAGCUCAUUUCAAGUGUUGAACAAUCCUCAAGCACAGCAAGGCUGCUCCUGUGGAUCAUCCUUCUCUAUCAAACUUUGAUGCUGUGCUCGCUUUGGCAGCACAUACACAAACUUUGAUGUGAUGACAGGUGACCCAGAGAUUGCUACCACUUGUACCAAUCUGAGGAACCUGGGAUUAGUAGAAUUCUAGAGGUUUCCUUCCAAUCAUGUCCUACUCUCAAUUUUAUUUCCCUCAGUCCAGGAGUAUUGUGUUUUGCCACUGUUUUCAGAAUAUGAAGCUUUUAUUCUUGAUCUAUUUUCACUCACACAUUUCUAAGGCCAAGCCUCUAAGUGCUGUGAUCUGAGAUCUACUAACUGGUUGAAACCCACCCAGUAUAAUCUGUAGAGCCUCCAAGGUUCCAAAAUUUGGAGUCACUUCUCAGGCCUUCAGAGUUGCCUGUACAUAGGUAUAUAGCUAUGUAUAAAAGCUUCAUUUUGAAGAAAGUUCUUAUUUACUUGUGUUCUGGAUCAGGAUCACAGAUUGGGUAACUUGAACACUGGUUACUAGGCUAGAGAGGAUGAGAAAGGCAAAGGGAAGGUUCUCUUUUUCAUCUCAUUCUUCCUGAAUGUGCUAGUUGACGCCCUUCUUUUUCUUUCUUUCUUUUCUUUUCCCCCACAUCCUUAUUUUCUGUGCUGCCCAUUCUCCACUUCCCAUUUGUUAGGGUAGAUACAUUUUCCUCUCUUACUUGCCAGUCUGCUAGAGUCACAAAACCAGUAGUCCAUCAUCCAGGAAACUUGGAUCUUGGUUAAACCCUUGUUUUCCUCAAUAGCCUAAAAGUUCAUUACAACAAAAACUUGCAUUUCUGGACUGGAUUGGAAUUAAGGUCAUUCAGCAAAAGAAUUUACCAUUAAAAAGGGAAAAGCAGAGUUUAAAGACAAGAUAUCUGAGACAGAAGCUUAGGUACUUACAUUUCAAUAUGGGAAAACCUAGGAUUUAGAGAAAGCAAACCUAUUGUGUGUACAGUGUGUACAAAGAGGAAGGAGGGGACACUUAGAAACUUGACCUUUCUUAGCAGAUUUCCAUGGGAGGGGGCAGAAAACAGCAUAUCCUGGGAGCAUCUGUUUAACUUUACUAAGACAUUUAAAGUUGCUGCCAAUACCUGGGCCUAAUAAGAUUUUCAGCUCAGACUAAGUCUUUUCAUCCUCUUUUCUUUUUUUAAAGAUUUUAUUUAUUCAUUUGAGAGAGAAUGACAGAGAGAGAGAGAGAGAGAGAGCACAUGAGAGGGGGGAGGGUCAGAGGGAGAAGCAGACUCCCCACUGAGCAGGGAGCCCGAUGCAGGACUCAAUCCCAGGACUCUAGGAUCAUGACCUGAGCCAAAGGCAGUCGCUUAACCAACUGAGCCACCCAGGUGCCCCUCUUUUCAUCCUCUUUAAAAGGAGAUUUUGCUACAUUUUAAAUGUUAGAAUGUACUGUUUUAAAGAGUGCGCUUUAUUUUAUUUAUUUUUUAAAAUAAGCUUAACACCCAACACGGGGCUUGAACUCAUGAUCCUGAGAUCAAGAGUCACAUGCUCUACUGACUGAGCCAGCCACGUGCCCCAUAAUUUUGUGAUUUUAAAACUCAUGCAGAGCACAAGCUUAAUUGCUUUAGUUGCCAAAAUAACCAUUAAAUUGCAGUGGUCAGUUAGAUAGGAACAGAGUCCCUUUGAAUGCCUAUAUGUAAGUACCUGCUGUUAAUGGGAGAAUAGGAAUUCUGUGUUUUAGAAAAGGUGGGUUUGGGAGAAAUCACCUUUAUCACACUGAGAAAGCUGCAUGGGAAAAUCCUAAGUAGUAAUAAGCUUCCAUUGGAGUAGGGUGAUGUAGAAAUUUUAAGAGCAUAGAGCAUAGAGAAAUAACAGCAUCAAGGGGUCAGUGGGCAAUUUGCUUGGGAUAAAUAGUAUAGUAAAAGAGGGUUAGGGUCUUUUGCAGGCCCUGUAUGACCAGAUGCCCUCUUUCUGGUAAAGAUCAGUGGAUGUUUUCACAAAUUUUGCUCACUGUGCAAAUUCAUUUAGGAAAACUUUUAUACUCUUCUGGUAUCCAUUGGAAGAUUUUUUGCUUCCCCAUUACUUUCAAGGGGAAAGGCCUUAUUGUUGCAGGAUUGGUUUUAUUUUUUAUGCAAGUUAGUGUUUGGGGGCAGCAUACCCUCCCUUUGCCUUAGUAAGACAUAAUGCAAGAACCAAAGGCAAGGGAGCCCCGCAUCUGCUUUAUGUUGUGAAUCUGCGUUUUUUGUUUGUUUGUUUGAUGUUACUCAUUUGAGAGAGAGACUGAGAAGGAGCAGGGGAAGGGGCAGAAGCAGACUCCCAACUGAGCAGGGAGCCCAAUGUGGGGCUGGAUCCUGGGA